GCAUUUUGUUGUCCCUCUCUGGGGACAGACGAGGGUGGCGGGAAGCCUUUGGCCGGCAGGGCAUUCUGGCCACCCUAAUUCUGGGGCAGAGCGAAGCUCCUUUCGGGAUCCCUUAGGAGAGCCCUCGCCCGCCGGGCCACCCGCCCCCAGCGGGACCAAGAGGCCUAAUGCGUGGUGGGAGGUAGGAGGGUCUCCCCCACCUCUCCCCUCUCCCACCCGCUCGGAGGAGGCAGAUCGAGGUCUCAGCCAAUAAGAGCAGGCGAGCCCGGAAAGGGGUGGCGCUAAGAGCCGGUAAAUGGAUGCCCACGCUGCCCUGCUCUGGCAUCCACACCUCCGCUAGGUAACGGGCUGAGAAAUCAUCAUGGCCAUAGACGGUGCGCAAACGGGCAAGAAAGGCAGCUUGCUGAGCAGAGCCCUCUCUUCCACCGAGCCCGCUCCGGCCCUAGAGAUCGGGGGCGGCUGCACAACCAUGUCCGAAGUACGGGUGCUGGUGAUCAACACUGGAGGGACCAUAGGGAUGGUGCCUCAGUCAGAAGGUCUUGCUCCUGAGGCUAACAAGCUAGCAGGGGCUCUGAAGAAGAUGCCAGUUCUUCAUGAUGUAGCAUAUGCCAAUGAAACGCAAUUGUAUUCCCGUCUUAAGCUUGGAAAAGACACCUUGGUGCUUCCCGCUUCUAAGCAGAAUAAAAGAAUUAUCUAUACCAUCCUGGAACUUCAUCCACUGCUUGAUUCUUCAAACAUGACACCAGCUGAAUGGGACAAGAUUGCCAGGCACCUUAAGAUAAACUAUGAAAAGUAUGAUGGCUUUGUGAUCCUUCAUGGCACAGACACGAUGGCCUAUACAGCCUCGGCAUUGUCCUUCAUGUGUGAGAACCUGGGUAAAACCAUUGUUCUGACAGGAUCUCAGGUGCCUAUAUAUGAACUGAGGAAUGACGGCAGAGCCAAUCUGCUGGGGGCACUGCUGUUUGCUGGACAGUUUGUAAUCCCUGAGGUGUGCCUGUACUUUUGUAAUAAACUGUACAGGGGAAACCGGGUGACUAAGGUGGAUGCAGAAAGUUUCAAUGCCUUUUGCUCACCUAACCUGCCUCCACUUGCAAAUGCUGAGGUUGAUAUUACAGUUGACUGGGAGACAGUUUGGAGAGCCAAAACCACCAAGAGAUUUGCAAUCCACACCAACAUGAACUGCCAUGUUGGCCUACUGAGGAUCUUCCCAGGGAUCACUGCUGCAGCGGUGAAGGCGUUUCUCCAGAGCCCUAUGGAAGGGGUUGUACUUGAGACCUAUGGGAGUGGGAAUGCCCCCAAUAAUUGCCCAGACUUGCUAGAUGAGCUGAAGAAAGCAACUGAUCGCAAUGUGGUGAUUCUGAAUUGCACCCAGUGUCUGCACGGAAGUGUUACUUCAGUCUAUGCAACAGGAAAGAACCUUAUGGAUGCAGGUGUGAUUUCAGGGGCAGAUAUGACACCUGAAGCUGCCCUUGCUAAGCUGUCGUAUGUUCUGAGCAAACCUGGUUCCUUGGAUAAGAAGAGAAAGAAGCUGGAAGAGAGUCUGAGAGGAGAAAGGACUAAUUCACCUAUUGGAACCCAGAUCUCCCUCAAAGAUAGCAAGUUUAUUCAAAAGAUUGCACAAUCUCUGCUUAUCAGCUGCAAGGAGGAGCUAGGAGCAGUUAAGGAUGCUUUGACUCCUCCUUUGGCUUGUGCAGCGGCAAAAAGUGGUGACUUGGAUGCUGUGAAAGCCUUACGGAAUAUGGGUGGAAACCUGAGCUUUGGGGAUUAUGAUGGUCGCACUCCACUUCAUGUUGCAUCCUGCGAGGGCCAUUUGGAGAUGGUCCAACAUCUACUGAAGUCUGGGGCAACCAUGUAUGCAAAAGACCGAUUUGGAGCUACUCCACUCCUGAAUGCUAUCAAGUUCAGGCACCACAGUGUGAUCUGCUUGCUACGCACAGCAGGAGCUCAUCUUUCCAGCCAAGAGCUUGUGAAUGUUGGAACUGAACUCUGCAGUCUUGCUUUUAAUGGAGAUGUUGAUGGACUGCGGGCCUGGCAUCUGGCUGGUGUGGAUCUGAACCAACCUGGUUAUGAUGGGAACACUCCAUUUAAAGUGGCUGAGGCUGCAGGGCACGUGGAAGUCAAAGAGUUUUUCAGUCAGUUGACGACCUAAUUUGAUACUUGGAGUUCCCCUGAGGCAAGAGGGCGGAAAGGAGCAUGCUAAUGCAAAGCAACGUAGAGAGCUAGUGAAGAAUGCAAGCUUAUGAUCACUGUUUUUAGUGAAGAGAUUUAUUUUCUUAUCUUUGAUUUUUUUAAAAGCUAAUUUUUAGGAAAGGAAAUUGUCUGCCUUUCAUAAGUAAAGGUGCAAUGCCUCCAACUCAGUUCAUACUAGCCCAAUGAACUGAAUGAUGUUUUUACGAAGGAAUGUGUGAUGAUGGAACAAGUAGCAGUUCUCAAACCGCUCAACCAACCUCAAACCCUUUAUGUCCAAUAGUGGCAUUGUUUGCUUUGAUUAGAAGUAGCUUUCUAGGAUAGCUGGCAGAAAUUUUCCCCAGUCUUGCUGCCUGUUAUUAUUUUAGCUGGAACUGCUGGUGAUUGGAGCUGAGACCUUUUACAUACAAAGCAGUAUGUGCUACCUGUGAGUGAUGACCCCUCAACAUAGCUCAGUAGCACAUGGUUCAGGAUGGAAGCGUUUUAACAGAAAUCCAGACUACAGAAAUUAAGGGAGCAAUCCUAACUAUGGGAAGCCAUCAAAAUGUACGGCGGCGUAAAGUAUGCCAGACCCAAACACCAUUUGGGAGUGUGGCUCUUGCUGACUGAGCCAGCCCAAGGCUGGCAGAGGGAAAGCAAGCAUUUAAAAUGGAGUUUGGCUUAUAUUACCUUCUUUGCUGGUGUAAAUUCUGCUGGGUUGCCAGGUCUCGUGACUAAACUGAAAAAAAUUAGGGUCCAGCGUAAAACACCCCCCGCCACGUCUUGCCCCUGCAACGCCCCUGAACACUUCUGUUUGGGGCUUAUGCCAGCCUUGGCUGGGCCACGAUGAGGGGCUUAUGCUAGUGUAGCCCUGGAUCUGACAGACCCUAACCUGCUCACCCUGGCAGAUCUGGGGUUUGGUUUGCUCCCUAAGUUUCACAUUUCAGUAUGGAUUAGUGUUUUUCUGAAAUAAAAUGAAGGACUGCAGAGAGCAACAUGAUUUUUUAAAAACAGUCUUCUGAUUUUCUGUGUACUGUAUUAGAAACCUGAUAUUAUAUUUUUUCCCAAAUCAAGGGGGAGGUAUCAGAAUGCUUAAGCAUUUUUUAUAAGAGUUGUGAUAUUUUUCAGGAAGGACCUAUGCAUCUCUGCUUCUAUGCCAUCACACGUGGUGGUGGUGGGGAUUACUGUGGAAAUCAUGAUAUUCUUGCCAUACUCUUCAAUAAAAUCUCUGAAAAAGAUUA